CUUGGUUAUCAGCAAAAAGCCCUAGAAAAAAAGCCACGAGGCCUUCAAGCAAAAACAGAACAAUUUUAUUUUAUUAACGAGUGUGUUUCUGUGUGUCUAUAAAUGUAACACACAUCUUCAUCUUCUUCCUCCUCUCGGUUUUAACACAAACCAACAAAAACAUCAAAUUCUUCUUCUUCCUCCACCGACGAGAUUUUAACAUUUCUGAUGACGCAUCUCAACAAGAAACCCAGGUUUGAGAACCUCAACGUCAACCUCUUCGACGACUUACACGACGAUCUCGUCAUCUCUAUCCUCCGAAAACUCAGUUCCUCCGCUUUUUCUCCCUCCGAUUUUCUCACCGUUCUCUUCACAUGCAAGCGAUUGAAUCGAUUGGGUUUGGAUCCUCUGGUUUUAUCCAGAGCCGGAACUCAUGCCCUAGCCGUCACGGCGGAGAACUGGUCAGAUUCCGCUCACAAAUUCCUCAGACGCUGCGUUAAUGCUGGAAACAUCGAUGCUUGUUACGCUCUCGGAAUGAUCCGAUUUUACUGCCUUCAAAAUCCAGUGAGCGGCGCAUCUCUAAUGGCUAGAGCCGCGAUUAAAUCUCACGCGACGGCGCUUUACUCGUUGUCGGUGGUUCAAUUUAAUGGAAGCAGCGGUACCAAAUCCGAUAAGAACCUACGCGCUGGAGUCGCUCUCUGCGCGCGCUCCGCUUAUCUCGGCAAUGUCGACGCGGUCCGGGAGCUCGGUCACUGUCUCCAAGACGGUUACGGCGUUCCUCGCGACGUCUCCGAAGGUCGUCGGCUUUUGAUUCAGGCCAACGCGAGAGAGCUCGCGUGCUCUCUACGCUCUUACCUCUCUCUCAAAUCUGGAAACGAAACACUAACCGAUCUUUUUUGCGGCGGAGUACCGGUUCAAGAGAUUCACCCAGUAAACCGGUUUUUAAAGGAUUGGUUUGGUUCCGGUCGGGUUAUUUUAGCGGAAGGGCUGAGGAUGUGUUCUCACGGUGGAUGCGGGAGGCCGGAGACUCGGUCGCAUGAGUUCCGGCGAUGUUCUGUUUGUGGGAAGGUGAAUUAUUGUUCUAGAGGAUGUCAGGCGUUAGAUUGGAGAGCGAAGCAUAAGAUGGAAUGUGCACCGUUGGAUCUGUGGGUUGCUGCGGCGGAGAUUGGCGACGGUGACGGUGAGGCCGUGGAGAUCGAGAAUCAUGUUGCUCGGUAACGGCUCUGACGCUUUUUUUCCCCUAGUUUUUAAUGAAAAAUCUGAAAAUGUCUAAUGACGCCUUUGGACUUUUUUUUUGGGUCAUUACUCGUAUUAAUUAAUAACCCUUUUAAACUUUUCAUGUUUUUUUUCUUCGUAAUUUACUAAUGUUGGCAAAAAUGGCGUUUUAUGAUUUACAAACUGACAAGUUUUUUAAAAGUAAAGAUAUUAAAUGUUCAUUUUACGAAUAAAAAAUAGAAGUAAAAUUAAAACUGAAUUUUUACGAUUUUGAUUUUAUAUUAAAAUUUUAAGCUAUAUUUUUUGUGUAAACCAUUUUCAAUCCA